AUGUUCCCUCAAAACCGGCCCCCGGCCCACCUGCAGGCCCCCUCUGCCGCUUCAGCCCCCUUGGCUGCCAGUGCCAUCCCCGCCACCUCGCAGUCGCUGAAGCUUACUUACCCGGAGACCUUGGACCGGAUCAAGGAGGAAUUCCAAUUCCUGCAAAAUCAAUACCACAGCUUGAAGUUAGAAUGUGAAAAGCUGGCAACGGAAAAAACAGAAAUCCAGCGUCAUUAUGUCAUGUACUACGAGAUGUCCUACGGCCUCAACAUCGAGAUGCACAAGCAGACGGAGAUCGCCAAGCGGCUCAACGUGAUCUGUGCCCAGCUCAUCCCGUUCCUGUCUCAGGAGCACCAGCAGCAGGUGGUCCAGGCCGUGGAGCGGGCGAAGCAGGUGACUAUGACCGACCUGAACGUGGCGAUUGGGGUACGGCGCCCCUCUGCCCCAGCUGGCCAGGCCGUGCUGGGUCCCUGCGCAUGCCUGCCAAAUGGGCCCCGUGCGCGAGCCAUCUCCGACUACCUCAGCAGCAGCAAGAAGAGGAAGGUGGAGGACAAGGACUUCGCCACCGACUACGGCAGCGAUGCAGACAAGAGCGAGGACAACCUCGUGGUGGAUGAGGACCCUGCGUCCCCGCGCAGCGUCCACUCCUACUCGUCCCGGGAGAACGGGGCGGAGAAGGCGGCGCUGGGGAGGAAGGAGGCGGUUCCGCUGAGCCCCACGUCCAUGGCAUCGUCCAGCAGCGCAUCGCCCUCCCGUAGCCGCGAUGCGCCGGCGGGGCUGGCGGUCGGCAUGGAGAGCAGCAACGUGGAGAUCCUGCACGUGAGCAAGCCCGACAAGUACCAGCUGCACCUGCACGAGAGCUGCGUCCUGUCCCUCAAGUUCGCCUCCUGCGGGAAGUGGUUUGUGAGCACGGGCAAGGACAACCUGCUCAACGCCUGGCGUACACCCUACGGCGCCAGCAUCUUCCAGUCCAAGGAAUCUUCCUCCGUUCUCAGCUGUGAUGUCUCCACCGACGACCAGUUCAUCGUCACGGGCUCUGGGGACAAGAAGGCCACAGUCUACGAGGUCAUUUACUGA